UCGAUUUCCCUCUCCCGAGCACCACAACAGAAAAACCAGAAAUCUCUUGCUUAUCCUUAUGUCUUUACUCAACAGUUCUCGCCACCAGUCGUCACCUUCCUUGGCCAUGCAAAUCACCAAAAUCGAAUUUUGACUACUUUCAAACUAUCAUAUGAGAAAGAAAGCUCUACCCUGGUUUUAAUGGCGAUUCUAGCUUCACUACAAGGCGGUCACAACCUCUUCUCCUCACUCCCUUCAACACCACCCCGAAAUGAAACUCCAUCCACCUCAUCUCCUCCUUCACCUCCCAUCCCCAUUCCCAAAUACCCUCCUCCUUCUCGUCGACAAAAACCCCAGACAGCAUCUCAACCCCAUCCCAACCCCGGCCUCAAAACGGUCCACCGCCGCUCCAACUACUACAAGCCGGUCAAAGAAGGUGUUCUCACAUCUGACGGCGACCGUUCCGUCGUAAUAGGAGAAUCCGGCGUGUCGUACCAGCUUCCGGGUGCUCCGUUCGAGUUCCAGUUCAGCUACUCCGAGACCCCAAAGGCGAAGCCAAUCGCAAUUCGGGAACCGGCGUUCUUGCCAUUCGCGCCUCCUACUAUGCCGAGGCCGUGGACCGGGAAGGCGCCAUUGAAGAGCGCCAAGGAGAAGAAGAAGAAUCGGAAAACUCCGCUCUUUGAGUCGUUUAAUCCACCGCCUCCCACCACCAAAGGGGUGAAGCACCUUCAAAUGCCAGGCCCUUUUCCGUUUGGGAAAUAUCCAAAAGUGACGAAGAGCAGAGAAGAGAUUCUCGGAGAGCCGUUAAAGAAAUGGGAGAUUCGAAUGUUUGUAAAGCCCCGUAUAUCAGAUAAUCGCCAGGUUAAUCUCGGAAGAGAUGGGUUAACGCAUAACAUGUUGGAGCUAGUUCAUUCCCAUUGGAAGAGAAGUGAAGUCUGUAAAAUUAAAUGUAAAGGUGUUCCAACUGUGGACAUGGACAAUGUUUGCCAUCAUAUUGAGGAAAAAACUGGUGGGAAAAUCAUUCAUAGAGUUGGUGGAGUAGUUUAUCUUUAUCGUGGCAGGAAUUAUAAUUAUGCCACUCGUCCUCAGUACCCUGUGAUGAUUUGGAAACCAGCUACACCUGUCUACCCCAAACUUAUCCAAGAGGCUCCUGAGGGAUUGACAAAAGCUGAAGCUGAUGAGCUACGGAUGAAGGGGAAGAGGCUUUUGCCAAUUUGUAAACUAGCCAAGAACGGAGUCUACAUCUCUCUAGUGAGAGAUGUUCGACAUGCUUUUGAAGGAAGCCCACUGGUGAAGAUUGACUGCAGAGGGAUGCAUACAAGUGACUAUAAGAAGUUAGGUGCCAAGCUUAAGGAGUUGGUUCCCUGCGUGCUGCUGUCAUUUGAUGAUGAACAGAUAUUGAUGUGGAGGGGAUCAGAUUGGAAGCCAAAGCUCCACAAUUACUCUCGCCCUUUCAAUCCAGUGGAUGAAAGUGUGACAGAUUUGGAUAAUUCAGGCAAAGCUGAUAGCGAUAGUGAUAGUGGCAGCUCUGAUGCCAAAACUGUGAGGACAAGCUCUAAAAUGCUGUCACUCUGGAAGCGUGCGAUUGAAUCGAACAAAGCAAUGUUGUUGGAUCAAGUAGAUCUUGGUCCUGAUGCUCUAUUGAAGAUAGUGGAGGAAUUUGAGGGCAUUGCACAGGCCACAGAACACUCCUAUCCAGCUCUAAUCUUGUCAGGUAAAGAUGGUACCAGCAGCUCAAGGGCUGAGUCUGAAGAUUUUCCUCAAAAUGAUAGAUCCAGUGAGGCAGACAUCUUUACCGACGAAGACGAAUACGAUGACCUUGUCAAUGAUUAUGAAGAUGAUAGUGAUGAUGAUUCUUUCUAUGACAGUGAUUCACUUCCCAUGGGGUCAUUAGCCAUUGAUGAAAUUGCAAAAAAGUUGAAUCAGGAUAAUAUUUGAUAAGCAAUAGAGUGUAUUAGUUGCCCUUCUCGGGUUAGUAAAUAUGCAUAUACCAUAUCAGCAAAAUGGAUACUUUAUAAAACGGUUAUGGUAUUUACACAUCUUUACUAUAAGGAGAUUAUCUUCAAGAAAAAAUAAAAUGAAAUGAAGAGUCAUUCUAAGUGUACU